AUGUCUAUCGAGUAUGUACUGGCUUCUCUGCUGGAACCGAAGAAAUCCAAUGAAGAUGCAGUACAAACAUUCAUCUUUGUUCUCGGUGACAAAGCAAGAGCUCAUGUAGAAAACGGCAAGAAAACAGAAUCACAUCUGCUGUCAUCCAUCAAUGCGGUGGUGAAAAGUCGAGAUGCAAUACAUGUUUUAUUUUUGAAUCGCUUACAGUAUUUAUUCAUGUAUUUAAUGAAAUUUGAGGCGGAAGAGGACCCAUCAGCUGUGAAGUACGAUAGGUUUGUCGUAUACGGAUUAGAUGCCCUCUUGAAACAGGUCGAUGACGAAAAUGAUAAAAUUAAUGAAGAUCAAUUAAGACUCUCAAAUCUAAUAUUCAAUGCUGCUUUUCGCAUAAAGCGAAAACAUUCCCUCAAGGCAAUCACCUUUGUACCAUUUGAUGACAACAGUGACUUAACAAUGACCCUGCAAAGGCUUGAGCGAUAUUGGAGACAUGUCUGUUGA